CAGAGCAUUUUUACAAAUGAGGAAACUGAAGCAAAUAGGAAUAAGUGACUUGCCAUGGGCCAUACAGCUAGAAAGCAUUCAAGAUCUCAUUUGAACUCAGGUAGAUGAAUCUUUCUGACUACAGAUCUGGUACUCUAUUCACUGUGGUACCUAGCUGCCCACCUAGUAGAUCUUUAUAGUAUAGUAGAUCUUUAAUAAAUGUUAAUUAAUUAAUUGAUUUCUUAAAGUAAUCAUAUGUUAGAGUGAAGGAUACAACAUUGGAAGAAAAUAGAAAUGUUUGUGUCCCAAUCUCGGCUGAAGGGAGUUGGUAGAAAGAGGUAAGCAUCACUUUGAGUUGCAAUCUAAUAUAUAUCAGAAAUUCCUGUUUUUAGGAGACUGAGAUGGCUGAGAAUAACACUUUGACAACUGAGUUUAUCCUCACUGGAUUUACAAAUCACCAAGAACUGAAGAUUCUCCUCUUCAUACUUUUUCUUAUUAUCUACCUAAUAACAAUGAUAGGCAACAUUGGACUGGUAAUAUUAAUUUCAAUUGAACCCCAACUUCACUCGCCUAUGUAUUUAUUUCUUGGUAACUUGGCAUUGAUGGAUGCUUUUAGUUCAUGUGCUGUUACUCCAAAGAUGUUAAUCAAUUUCUUUUCUAAGGAUAGAUUGAUUUCUCUUCAUGAAUGUAUGGCACAGUUUUAUUUUCUUUGUUUUUCUGAAUCUUCAGAUUGUUUUCUCCUGGCAGCCAUGGCAUAUGACCGUUAUGUGGCCAUAUGCAAUCCACUUCACUAUCCCAUCAUGAUGUCAAAGAAACUUUGCAUUCAGAUGAUCAUUGGGUCACUCAUAGCUGGCAACCUACAUUCCAUGAUUCAUGUUGGUUUUCUCUUCAGAUUAACUUUCUGUAAGUCACACCAAGUCAAUCAUUUUUUUUGUGAUGUUCUUCCAUUAUACCGACUCUCUUGUACUGACCCAUAUAUUAAUGAACUGAUGAUAUUCAUCUUUUCAGGCUCGAUUCAGGUCUUCACUAUUGGUGUUGUCCUAGUCUCUUAUGUUUACAUCAUUUAUACUAUCUUAAGGAUGAAAUCAAAAGAGGGACGAGGCAAAGCCUUUUCCACUUGUGCAUCUCAUUUCAUAUCGGUCUCAAUAUUCUAUGGUUCUCUUCUCAUCAUGUAUAUACGGCCAGGUGCAGUUAAUGAAGGGGCUAUAGACAUACCAGUUGCUAUAUUUUAUACAAUUGUAAUCCCCUUUUUAAACCCUUUUAUUUAUAGCUUGAGAAACAAAGAAGUAAUUAGCAUUCUGAGAAAAAUCAUGGAGAAAAACUCAGGGAAAUUUGGGACAAAAUUUGUACACUGAGGUACAUUGGCUUGAAUACGGUUAAGCUUUUCAGAGUUAUCAAAAAAUAAAACAGAGAUUUUGGAUAGGACCAAUUAAGUUAGAAAAGUAUGAAGUCUAAUUGAGAAAUGAAUUAAUGAAUACAAAAACCAGUUAUCUUAAUUUAAAGUCCUGAAAACAAGAUUACUUUCAGAGUGGACCCUGUCAGAGCUAAUCAUUACAAAACUCAAGAAGUCAACAUAGCAUCAGAAUAAGAUAGAUUUGGAAAAGAGGAAUCUAUUGACAUUUCCAUGAUACUAUGGAGCUAUAUGACUAUAGGAUCCAGAAGGGACUAUAAAGGAGGAUGUACAAUAGAACACAAGAGUUGAUUUUGUACAGUCUUUUUGUGUGUGUGUGUUUUCAUUUCAAGACCCUACAGUGCAAGAUGGACAA